CAAAGCAAUCUCCAAAAGACCACAUUUUGUCUCCAUCAUUAACUUAUAAUAACAUCAAACUCACAACACAUACAAACCAAAAACCAAGCAUCAUAGAAUCAUAAAUCAGAAUCUCUCCAUUCAUCAAAGAAUCCAAACAAAAAAAAUGGUGAGAGAAAGAAGAAAGACAGAGAAACCAGAAGAACAAGAAGAAGUUGUAGUAGAUCAAGAAGAGAAGGUGAAGCCAAGAAAAAGAAGUGUGAGCAGAAGAAACAUGCAAUCUUUGGUGAUCGGACUUGUUGGUGCUGCGUUGACUCUUGGUGCUUAUUCUCAGACUUAUGUUGAUCCUGGCAAGUCUCUUGGUGCUGGUCUCUUCGUACUCUUCUUUGGUUUGCUUGUUAGUGAAGGGUUCAUCUCUCUUUGAAAAAUCAAUGUUUCUGUAUAACCUUUUUAUUUUGUUUUCUAUGUAUGUUAUAAAUAUACAUUUCUAUGAGUAUCUUGUUUCAUUUUUAUUAUGAUAUGUUUGGAUCUUGAACUUUCAAGAUUUCUUUUUCUUUUUGUCUUGUAAGAAUAUGUUUUGAUCUUCGAGACCAUAUUAAUUU